AUGUCCCUCCGCGCGGCCACUCUGACGCGCACUCUGGCGCGCGCCGUCCGGCCCCGUGUCGGUACCAACACUGCCGCUAUUUCUACGCCAGCCCGCGCAUUCUCGACUUCUCUGUCUCUCCGCAAGAGCUCGAGUCCCAACAUGGCCGCUGCGACGUUGCUGAGCCACCACUCGCCCCUGUCUGCGCCACUCUUCAAGGAGGCGCGCGACGCUUGGGCACAAGACCCAAUCAUCGGUUACAACGAGGUCAAGCACCUCUCCGAGCAGCCGACCGACUCUAUUCUUCUUGUCGACGUGCGUGAGCCGGACGAGAAUGCGCUCGGGAGCAUUCCUAGCGCAGUCAACCUCCCCCUGUCGCGCAUCGAUGAGGCCCUCUCGGUCGGGUUCAACCCAGGAGCAUUCCAGCAGGAGUUUGCGUUCCCCAAGCCCGCCAACAACCAGAACAUCGUCUUCUACUGCCGGUCGGGCAAGCGUUCGGCGACUGCAUCCGAGGUCGCCAACCGCCACGGGUUCCUGAACACUCGCAACUAUGUCGGGUCGUGGCUUGAGUGGUGCGAGAAGGAGGACCUCGACAACAACGAGGACUAG